AUGCCCGCUGGACAAGACCCUGAAUCCAUCGACGCCGAUGGCAAACCCAAGUCCCAUCCGGGGCAGGUCCGGUUUUCCACGGUGACUGAGGAGAUUGAACCAACGGAGUCAUCAGGUUCAAACAAACAUCCUGAUCAAGAUCAGAAGCAGGAGGAAGACAUUCGAUCUCUCGCGGCUUCCCUUCAAAAGUCCCAGUUACAGGAAUCCAGACUAUGCAACUUUUCAUAUGACCCUGUCUCUCUUCCAUCAUCAAGGGUCGCAUCUCAAGAUUCAAGCGAUCGCAGUGCGCGAGGAUUUAAUGGAUCUGGUUUGCAGUCUCCCCAUGCCUCCCCGCCAGUAUCCGCAAUGCAAUCGCCUCCCCUGACACCUGCGGCCACCCAUUCACGUGAAUCCAAAGCUAAUGAUGCUUCUUCAACUUCGACGAUGGUAGAAAGGGGUGGACUACAACCCGCGGCCAUUACACCAGCCGCUUCUCCACCCACCGAGUCCGUAUCAAAGAACGCAGUGGCCCAGAGCGCGCCCACCUCCCGUCCUUCUUCAACUGAGCAUCUGUCAAAGCAAAACGACGUCGCCCAUAUUACUUCCCAUCCGGUAAAUGGAGCACGCCAUCGGGCCCAAUUUUUCAUCGGGCCCCCAGUCGAUGCCAGCUCUCAAGAAGAGAGUCCUCCCCCCACUCCCAGAACCGAACCCGAAAGCUACACUCCUCCUGGUACCAUUACCCCAAUUGGAGAACCUAAUGACCCCUAUGCACGGAGCAAGCGGCCCCCACAGUCGAAGAAUCUAUCGCAACUGGAUCAAAGAUUCAUCUUCGGAGGUCGAGAUCUGAAGCGUCGAAGCGAUCGCUCUUCCACAUUCUCUCGCCCUGGAACCGCCCGCUCUUCUAGUACUACAGACUUGAAAUCCAGCGACAGGCGCGGUGGUAUCUUUGGUAGCAAGAAGGAUUUACGACAGCCAGAUUCGGAUGGUAAAUCUCAUGGCCACAUGUCGGAACUCAAGCGAUUCUUCAAGAUGGGCCACAAGCACAAGCGCGGAGAAUCCCCCACAUCAUUCCCCAAGAAAUCCAGCCGUUCUUCCGGAAAGAGUACCCCAUAUCAAAUGGCCCCCGACAAUGUGCCAUUUGCGGAUGACCACGGCCUCAAUUCCAAGUAUGGGAAGCUCGGGAGGGUUCUGGGCUCGGGAGCCGGGGGUUCCGUCCGGUUGCUUAAACGUAACAGUGACGGGGUAACAUUUGCCGUGAAGCAGUUCAGAGAACGGCAUUCGUGGGAAACGAUGAAAGAAUACUCAAAAAAGGUGACUGCUGAAUUCUGUAUCGGGUCCACUCUUCAUCACGGCAACAUCAUUGAAACGCUGGAUAUCAUCCAAGAAGGAACUCACUGGUAUGAAGUCAUGGAAUACGCGCCUUUCGACCUGUUCGCAAUUGUCAUGACCGGGAAAAUGGUCAAAGACGAAAUUGCGUGCGCAUUCAAACAAAUCCUUAGUGGUGUGGCAUACUUGCACGGGAUGGGUCUGGCGCAUCGGGAUCUGAAGCUCGACAACGUGGUUGUUAACGAGCAUGGUAUCAUGAAGCUCAUUGACUUUGGAAGUGCGGUGGUUUUCCGAUAUCCUUUUGAGAACGACAUUGUCCCUGCAUCGGGAAUCGUCGGUUCCGAUCCGUAUCUAGCGCCAGAGGUAUACGAUGAAAAGAAAUACGACCCCCGUCCAACAGAUAUCUGGUCCCUAGCUAUCAUCUUCUGCUGCAUGAGCUUGCGCAGGUUCCCCUGGAAACAACCCAGGGUCAGCGAUAACUCUUACAGACUUUUUGUCUCCACGCCAACCCCGGGCACUCCAGUACCUGACGCUGACCCUAAGCGACACCGCACCGUUAAGUCAGCGCCUGAUCUAACCUCAGCUGCCCGCGAGGAUCGAUAUGUAUCGUCUCCGACGGAUGCGAACGGCGCAUCAGACAACCCGCAAUUACCCAACGGUCACAAUGAGCCACCAAAGAGUCCAGUCAAGCCAGAGAUUAACAACCUGGAGGAAAACCGCCCACCAGAAAGCCCACAAGAGAAACAGGAGAAAACAACAAGUAAUACCACUACCAUCGAUCACAAAGUUGCCCCCCACAAACCCACGCGAACUACAAGCAAAGAGGCACCUCCACUUCCUGCCUCGGCGCAUUCCGCAGGACAACGCCAGGAGGUCAUUAAGGGCCCUUGGAGAUUGCUUCGACUUCUCCCCCGUGAGAGCCGCUAUAUCAUCGGCCGCAUGCUCAAAGUGAGCGUCAAAGAUCGAGCAAAUCUCGAAGAAGUCCUCACGGACGAAUGGAUUCGGAAUAUCAAAGCGUGCCAGCAAGAGGUAUCCGGAGAGGUGAUCAAAGCCUCGGGCCAUACGCACGUCUUGGAGCCUCCCUCGCCUAGCUCCGGUGCCAUCGCCGGCCUCACAGUCGACUGUUCCCUGUAUCCCUUGGACACCAUCAAAACCCGUCUCCAGAAGGCCAGACACCACGGUCCCUCGGUGCCCUCCCCAAGUCUCUCCCUCAAACAAACCAUCCGCGGCAUCUACGCCGGUCUCCCCUCUGUCCUUCUGGGCUCCGCUCCCUCCGCCGCCUCAUUCUUCAUUGUCUACGAUGGCGUGAAACGAACGCUUCUCGCGUCGUCGUCGGCGUCGUCGUCGGAGUCUCCGUCCCACACCCGCACCCAUGUCUUCCUCACACAAUCCCUUGCCUCGUCGAUGGGCGAGAUCGCCGCCUGUGCAGUCCGCGUCCCGACGGAGGUCGUCAAGCAGCGAGCCCAAGCUGGUCUCUUCGGUGGCUCCAGCCUGCUUGCGUUCAAGGAUAUCUUGGCGCACCGACAUCCGGAUCCUUCAACUGGCGCAAAGAGAGGGUAUGGGCAAGUUUUCAGGGAGCUGUAUCGAGGCGCAGGGAUCACGAUUGCGCGGGAGAUUCCAUUCACGGUGUUACAAUUUACGAUGUGGGAGUCGAUGAAGGAGGCUUAUGCGCAGCGGGUGCCGGCGUCGACGAGUGCGAUGUUUGGAAGUAUUGCGGGUGCGAUUGCGGCGGGGUUGACUACGCCCUUGGAUGUUAUUAAGACCCGGGUGAUGCUAGCUCGUCGUGGGGAGGGCGGCAAGGCGGGUGUACGGGUGAAGGAUAUCGUGCAGGAGAUUUCGAAAGAAGGGGUUGGGGCCUUUUUCAGAGGGAUUGGACCCCGCGUGGCCUGGAUUGGCAUUGGGGGAGCGGUCUUCUUGGGCAGUUAUCAGUGGGCGUGGAAUACCUUGGAGAGAAGAUCCCAGGAGGAAGGGGAUUCAUGCAAGAUAGAAAUUAGCGGUCAUAGACGAGGGUUUCAUUAUGGGAUAUCUAUCUACUUCACCUCCUUACAUGUAACUAUAUAUAUACGGAGUACGCUUUUUUUUUUGCCAAGUCAUCAAAGGGUCACCUAUGUGCUCCCUCUACCUGACGCCCCUGGCGGUCAUCGACUCGGCGUUAAUGGCCUAGAAAUCGAUACGGAGAAUUCUAUUCUGUAUUCAGCUGGUCGCGAUGGUGUAGUCUGUUCAUGGGACCUUGAUCUCCCCUCUCUGGGCUCCUCCUCUUCCUCCUCAAAACCUGGCCCAACAAAGUUUCGAAACCAGGUUCAAGCGCAUAGCCAUUGGAUCAACGACAUUGUCUUGACCCAGAACAACUCCGCCCUCGUAUCUGCCUCCUCCGAUACUACCGUGAGGCUUUGGCGCCCUCACUCCGAAUCUACACAAGUCCCAGAGCCGAUCGGUAAACACUCUGAUUACGUUAAAUCUCUCGCCACACCGGGGAGCCAUUCAACAUGGGUUGCAUCGGGUGGUCUAGAUCACAGGCUUUAUUUGUGGGAUUUGAAUGGCGGAGGAGAAGUGCUCAGCAUUGACGCCUGUGGAGGAGAUGGCACGGCCAAGGGCUCGGUAUAUGCUUUGGGUGCUGUAUCCUCCGUCCUCGCCAGUGGUGGUCCGGAAAGCGUGGUUAGAGUUUGGGAUCCCAAGUCCGGGAAAUUAAUCACCAAAUUUGUCGGACACACAGACAACAUUCGGGAUAUUCUAAUUAACCGGGAUGGUGAUACCAUUAUGACCGCCUCCUCUGACCAGACGGUUAAGAUCUGGUCAUUGACGGCUGGAAGAUGCAUGCACACUUUGACGAUGCACAACGACAGCGUCUGGUCACUAUACUCGAACCACCCACAACUUUCAGUAUUCUACUCCAGUGAUCGAUCUGGCCUCGUCGCUAAGACAGAUACAAGGCAUGCCUCAGAUAUCGAGCAGGGUAUUUGCGUUGCAGCCCUUCAAGAACACGAGGGUGUGGUCAAUGUCGUGGCGGCUGGCGAGUAUAUCUGGACUGCCACUCCAAAAUCCAGUAUAAACCGCUGGAGGGAUAUUGACACCACGGCUCAGGUCGAUGCUCCAAGAGUGCAGGCCGCAGAAUCGGAAGGGAAGGAGAAGUCACCGCCCAAAGAGAGCUCCAAAAAUAUACCGUAUGAGUCGCUUUUACUGCUUUCGAAUACAUCCACAUUUCCCAGCUCGCGGCUGCCGGAGGGCGUUUUGGCAUUGCGCUCGGCUGCCAGUGGGCAACCGUCAACCCCUGGGUCCAAUAUGGAGGAAGAUCUGGAACCCACGCUGCCGGUUCACUCUCUUCCCGAGGAAACCAUCGAGGGCCAGCAUGGAUUGAUCAAAUCUUUCCUCUUGAAUGAUCGAAAACGGACAUUAACACAGGAUUCAGCGGGCGAGGUUGUCUUGUGGGAUCUUCUUAAGUGUGUGCCUAUUAAGUCGUUUGGCAAACGUCAUAUCGAUGACGUUGCUUCCGAGGUCAAUACCACUGAGAGCAUUGCGCAUUGGUGUACGGUUGAUAUUCGAACGGGAAGGUUGUCAGUAAUAUUGGAGCCGGGACGAUGUUUUGAUGCGGAAAUUUACGCAGAUGAAGCUGACCUACCGGAUUACUCCCAAAUCCGCGAGGAUCAAAGAGUAAACUUGGGGAAAUGGGUUCUACGGUGGCUGUUUGCCUCGCUCGUCGACGAGCAGGUUAGACGUGAUUCUGAAUACCGCACCACAGCGAUAGCAAGAGCAGAGGAAACUGCUAAAUCUAAUAGCACAUCCGCACCAGUGGACAUACCAUUUUCGAAGACAUUAACCACGCCCUCCGAUUUUCUAGCAUCAAUGCGCUCCGGUUAUGAUUCUCUUGGUAGCCCUGUGACGUCUGGUUUCGGUAUUGGGCUUGCCACGACACCCGGAUCUUUGGGAUCAGCAAUGCCCAGUCAUGCCAACAAUCAUAACCUCAUGGGCACAUCUCCUGGAGAAUCAUCGGAUUAUCUGAUGUCGCAUCAAAGCACGGAAAUACCGCGAAGCUCCGUCUCCGAUAGAUCAAGCGACUAUUUCUCGUCGUCCCGGACCCAGGUUCUUUCCCUUGUAGAAACAGAGAAACCGUCAGCGACAUCGGGGGAACAGACCCCCACGCCUCUUAAUCAGACGCUAAACGAGCCUGAUAAGGAGGAGCGCAAAAAGGGUGGUUCGCUUUUUGGAAAGAAAUUCCGCAUGGAUUUCCCCAAGAAGCUCGGACGGACUUCGACCGAAGUCAAGCCCCAGAUCCAAGAAGAAAAAGUGGAAGAAUCUGAUAAAUCAUCAUUGAAGGAGGAGAAGGUCUUCGAGAGCAAUCUUAGCGGCUUUAUUGAGCGGACUCGUCACGAGUACGAGGAAUUCCUCUCGGCUAAUCCCGGGCAGCAGCCAGCAGUAGCGUUUACCCCAAGCGAUGAAAGCGAAACCCCCGUGUUGAGUAUACCAGGCCGCACGGCGGUUUUCAUUCAAGAAGACUCUGAGGAUUCGGCUGUGGCUUCGGAUCUCUACAAAGGCAGCGUAGCCAGCAUCAGCCAGGAGAUUGAUAAACUCGAGAAAUCAAUCCCAUUAUGGCUUGCUGAUUUGCUGUUUAAGAACCAAAUGCCCUUCAAAGAACCUGUUAAACUCGCGUUUACCCUCAAACCCUACGAUGACCUCCUUCCACCCGUCAUCAAGCCAGAGUCGUACGUCCGCUCGUCCCGACCAUCAUUUUUGAACUCCCUUGCAAAUGGCAAUCUAAUAAACAACUCGCGCCUAAAUGCUAACCGCAUGCUCCGUGCGAAGAAGAUCCUUGCUUACGUCUCAGAACGCAUCGAGGACCAAACACCCGAUGAGUCAGAUGAGAAUGCAAUGAAUCCGGAGGACUACUUGGAAUUAUACUGCCAAAAGACGCUCAUCCCACCGAACAUGACCCUCGCAACGAUCCGCGCCCACCUCUGGCGCUCAUCCGGCGAUAUGGUUCUUUACUACAAAGCCAACGGCAAGAAAGAGAUCCGUGUCCCAGGAACCACCAAGGACAAAGACCAAUACAGCCAAUCCGCCGAAACCGGUUCUAACCAAACACAAUCAGAGACUCAGCUAGGCAGAACCAGCAUCCUAGAUGGGGAAGAUUCAAACACGCAGCAGCAGGGAAGUGUCCACUCUUCCGGCUCCGUACCGGUCUCGGUGAGCAAUUCUUGA